CAUCUUCCUUGUUGACAUAUUUGGUGUCACCUUUGAAUUAACUACAAUGGCACAAAUAUCAGCAACAAAAUGCGAAUUAUGUUCUGAAAAUGACGGUUCAAUAUUUUGUUACGAAUGUAAACAAGCAAUGUGUAUAUCUUGUAGAUCUUUUCAUUCGUCCACUAGGAAGCACAAAGUGAGCGAUUUGAACAAAGUUGACAGAUUGGUUUUUCAGUCGGAGUUAAAAUGCUCUACACACCAAGAGUUGUAUACCUUUUUUUGCAACCAUUGCAAGUGUUUGAUAUGCAAUACAUGUUUAUUAGCGGAACAUAAAGGACACAAAUUUUCAGUAAAAGAAGAAAUAUUUCUGAGCGCUCGUCAAAAUUCUAUUCAUCUUGUUUCUAAAGGGAAAGAGAAACUAGAAGAAAUCAAGGACGCAAUUGACAAUGUGAAUUCGGGACAUCGCGAGAAAAUUGAGCAAGAUUCUGAUAAAGUCGAAUUGCAAAUAAAGUCUACUGCCGAAGCUUUGCAUGGAAUAAUUGAUAUUGUGAAAGAUAUCCGUGUUAAUGGAGUCACGGAUUAUAAACAACUAGAAAAUGAGCAAAUCGAUAAGACAGUAAGAAAACUUGAGAAACUGAAAGUUGACUAUGAAAAUACUACUUCCACUUUCGAUCAGAUGCUGACAGGGACCCAUGACACCAUUUUUUAUCAGUCCUAUGGUACACACAAGAGCACCUUUGACAAACUGGAUGAUAUUCCAAAAUAUUCAAAACCAGAUGACAUCAGGACAUUCGACGAAGAGGCAUUCUUUGUGGACAUCCUUGUAAAGAUGACAGAACGAUUUAAAAGUGCAAAAAUGGCUGUAGAAAUAGUAGCUAAGAAAGACAACAAAAUUAAAGAUGUAACUCAGGUUUCUGCUGAGUCAGUGCCGAUUUUCGAACCUCCUGUACAGGACGAGAUUGUGAUAACAGUAAAAACGUUAACUGGAAUGAGAUAUGCAGUUAAUGUUAAGUUAACUGAUACAAUAAGUGAUGUAAAGGAGAAGGUUCAUGAGGAAUCAGGAAUGCCUUCUGAACAACAGAUGCUCUUCUUUAGAAAUAAAGUUCUCCGGAAUCACCUUACAGUUUUUGAUUACAAUAUUCAGAUGGAAUCAACUAUAAAUGUAAGCAUGCAUUUGCGUGAUGCCACCGAGACAAGCAAAAACUAGCAUAGCAUGAAAAAAAAGAGACAUAUUCAGCAAAAAAUAAUUUUAUUCUAAAGAUUUGUUUCAAAUACAUACAAUCUAAGUCUCUUUCAUCUUGCAAUAGUGAAACAUUUUUAUUGUCUACCAUGAACACCAGUAUCCGCAUUCCAAAUCUAGAGACAGGUUUUGUUCCAACUUUCUUUCAUGAAAAAAGAAUGUUCAACGUAGAUUCAAAUAUCUUGUUUUAAGGAGGAAUACAUCAUUCUUCGUAAAUCACAUUGAUUCAAACUAAACAUUUCUGAAACUGACUUUAUAAUUACGUUCAAUUUCUUGAAUUAUACAAUAUUUGCUACAUUUGGAGAACUCGUUGUAAAGCAUAUAUAAUCGUCAUACCUAUGGGAAUCUACUGUACCCUUUUCGUGCCGACUUAUUCCUUCAUUCGUAUGAGGCAGACUUCAUACAUUAGCUUCUUAUGAUUAAUUAAAAGAAGCUAGCAUUA